AUGGCUGGGCUGCCCCGCAGGAUCAUCAAGGAAACCCAGUGUUUGCUGGCAGAACCAGUUCCUAGCAUCAAAGCACAACCAUAUGAGAGCAACACCCAUUAUUUUCACGUGGUCAUUGCCGGCCCCCGGGAUUCCCCCUUUGAAGGAAGGACUUUCAAACUUGAACUAUUUCUUCCAGAAGAAUACCCAAUAGCAGCCCCUAAAGUGCGCUUCAUGACCAAAGUUUGUCAUCCUAAUGUAGACAAGUUGGGAAGAAUAUGUUUAGAUAUUUUGAAAGGUAAGUGUUCCCCAGCCCUGCAGAUCCACACAGUUCUUCUAUCGAUCCAGGCCUUGUUAAAUGCUCCCAAUCCAGAUGAUCCAUUAGCAAAUUAUAUAGAGGAGCAGUGGAAGACCAACGAAGCCCAAGCCAUAGAAACUGCUGGAGCAGGGACCAGGCUAUCUGCCAUUAAUAAUAUUUAA